AUGGAGAAACAGUUGAGAAGCGGCCCAGGAUUAGAAGAUAUUCCGGAUUUGUUCCACUGCAUACAAAUGCAAUUACCGAUAAAAGAAGCCGCCCGCACCAGCGUCUUGUCCAAGUCAUGGCUACAUGCUUGGUCCACCAUCCCUACCCUCAGGUUUCGUGAAGCCUAUCUGUCUGUAGUUAGCAAAGAACCAGAAACAGAGCUGUUUAAGUUAGUCGACCGCACUCUCGUAAGAUAUCUCCGUGACAACAUACCAGUCAAAAGUAUUGACGUUAUUAUCGACAUUGAGAACCAGGAGUCCGCCUCUUUUGCUGAAAAUUGGAUCCGGCCAAUGGCAAUCAGAAGUUGUCUUCGGGAGCUUUCCCUGGCAAUCCGGUAUAGCAACGCCUCCCUUACGUUGCCAGAUGAGAUACUCUCCGGUGAAAACCUAAUUAAAAUGAGUGUUUCCAGUUCAAUGAUUGAUUCUGUUUUGAUGGCUAGUCAUCCUGUGAUCAAGUGUUUGUCGCUUCGAGAACUGAACUUGCAAGAUGUGCACAUAAGUGAACAGGUACUUAAUGACAUACUGUCUACUUGUAGCUUGCUUGUCAAGGUACAGCUUUUCUCUUGCACGGGCUUCAAGACUAUCAAGGUUAAGAACCUUCAUUGUCUUAGAGAAUUAGGAAUAGUUUCCGAAUAUGUAUUAGCAAUGAGUACUGUUUUGGAAAUCAAUGAUGUCCCAAAUAUUCGCUCGUUUACGUUUAUAUCUAAGCCUCUUCCUUUCGACCUGGAUUCACUAGUAAGCGUUACGGAAUUAUCCUUAGGUCAUAUGAUCGUGGACGAUGCUUUUGUGAACAUUAUCCAAUCGAAAUUUCCUUUUCUCGAGAGUUUGACACUUGAUCUGGAUUUUUGGAAGUUGGAAUGCUUCAAUUUUACUUGUGUUACAAUGAAGAAAUUAUCCAUAGUGCUAGACCAAUUCAUUAAGCCAGUCAACAUAAAGGUUUAUGCACCAAAUUUAAUUUCUUUUCAUUUCCGUGGCUUUACAAUGCCUAGUCUCUUGUUUCAAGCCACCAUUCUCGAGGAAAUGGAUCUUGAUCUGUUCCUGAUGCGUCCCCUUAUAAUUGAUGAAUCUUUCUUUCUUAAGAUGAGGGAAGCAUUGACUUUCUCAAGAAAGUGCAACAUUCAAAUACAGAUCACAAAGUUUGAUGACAUAAUACCAUCGGACAUCAACGUCGACGAUCUAACAAGAAGGGUCCCAUUUCCGGCUAUAAACGUAACACAACUGACAUUUAGAACUUUUAGACAAGACAAAGGCUUGGGGGAUCAGCGCUUGCCAUUUUUUGAUGCAUUAUUUACGAUUUGUCAUCCAAAGCAGGUAGUCGCAGUUGUAGACUCAAAUUCUAAGCACAACUACUUUAGCUAG